AUGAUCUCCAGCUCUUUGGCAAAUUCGUUCUAUACGGUGACAAUCUCUGGCACGCAAUACACUGCACGUGGAACAUUUGGCAGUGUGAUCAAUGCUGAUCACGCCAAUUGGUUGGCCACAAACUUUGCCGCAAGGGAGGCAGCCGGUUAUUAUAUCGGAGGCUAUCGUCUUUCCACAUCCGACGACUUCUACUACCCUGACGAGAGCCCCUUCAGGGGCCAGAAGCUGUACACCUACUCCAACGGUCGCUGCUACAAGUACUGCGCCUUCCCCCAAAUGUCCAAUGACCCGACCAAGAACCAGCCCACCCCCAACGGCAUGUUCCUCCAGAACAAGGCCAAGGUGUGGACCUCGGUCCCUGCCUACACCUGUUCGGGCUGGUUCCUCGUGGAGUGGAUGAGCAACUUUGCGCCCUACGUCCCAUCGAUCCCCACGAUUGGCGGUGUGUUCACAAUAACCAAUCUUGUGAACGCCGUCAACAACUUUGGUUGGUUCUCUAUCUCUGUGUACGUGGUGGACGCCAGUGCCAACAACGCAGUCCUCUUCACCCCAACCUACCUCAGCACUGCAGGCAACACAAUGACCUACAACUUCUCGUCGGCCAAUCAUUAUGGCGCGGGCAUCACACCCAAGAUCCGUAUAACAGACGUUGGCGGUGGCGGCAUGCGUACCUACGACUUGCCAUUUGAGUACGAGCUCCCUUACGCCUCGAUGGUGUACCCACCCAACAACAUGCAGUCUGGCUCCACCCUGACCAUUGUCGGAGGCAACUUUGGCGAUGGCACAUCAGGCGUGCCAACUUUCUCGUUCGGUACCAAUCCAACACCUUGCACCAAUGUCCAAUACCUGGUGCCACACACAGUCGUCACAUGUACAAUGCCCUUCACACCCUCCGACACCUACUACCUCUAUCCAUUCACCAUCACCCUUGCAAAUGGAAGGAAGACCCAAUCCAAUCCCCCAAUUUACCAUGCUCCAACCUUGCGCGCCAUUAGAAUUUACCAGACUGUUUCUGCAGUAGCUACUGUCAGGGCUGGCAUCUCCGUGGCCACUUCUGUCGACAACAACAAGGCCUACCAAGGAAUCAUCCAAACUUAUGAUCAGAUGCUCUUCAUCAGAAAGAUCAUCCCAUUCGACAUCACCACCAGCCUUUGGGUUGGUGCCCAGGGUUCGUUCGGCAAUGGAGUAACUAUUAGCAAUUUGGGAGGACCCCGCGAUAACCAAGUCCUCACCGCCCCCAACUCCUACGCCUGCUCCCCCGGCUACUUCUGCUCUGGCCUCUCCAACUUGCCAGGAUCCGGUGUCUACUCCUUGGGCUACAACCCCAAUGAUAACACACAACCUGCCAACAUGAAUGGCAAACCCGGCGGUGGCGAGCUCACCUUCUUUGGAGUUGACCCAGCCAACGCCACGUCCAACCCUGUGUUCCAGAUCGCCACCACCGGUGACACCAUCUUCUUCAACGUCGCCGGCAGUGUUGGAUUCCGCUACAGUGCGCGUGCCUACUACCUGGACGGUGUUGCUGGCCCUGGCCCCAUCACAUACAUCAACUCCACAUGUCUCUCGUUGUACAUCCCUGCCGGCUCAGGACAGGCCACUCACAACCUCAAUGUCACCAUCGAGUCGAUGCCAUGUUUGACCGGAACAUACGUCUACAAGCCAUCCAACAUAGCUUCAGUAAGCUCGGUGUCUGCGCUCGGUGGAACGAUCGUUGUGAAUGGUAUCAACUUUGGUACUGUUGCCAAUCAGAUCGUUGUCCUCAUCGGAACACAGCCAUGCACAUCGGUGAGUAUUCUCGUGAACCAUCUGAAGUUCCAAUGUACCGCACCACCUGGCAAGGGCGCCAACCUCAUCCUCUCAGUGUCGGUCAAUGGACAGACAACCACUGGCUUCUUCAGCUACGAUGCCCCUGCCAUCACCAGCAUUGUUCAGACUGGCACCCAGUUGUUGAUUACCGGUACAAGCUUUGGAAUCGACUCCUCCGCCCUGGUCAUCACCCCACCAUGCCCACAGCUGGCCGCAUUCACCACCACUGCCAUUCAAUCAUUUACAUGCACCUACCCAAUCAACCCGACCAACGCCGGCUACAACGUCUCACUCGGCAACCAGAACAGCAAUAUCUACGACUUUGCAUGGCAGCCAACUAUCAGUGACGUCACUCCCACCCACGUCGCGCCAGGUGGCACCGUCACCAUCACCGGUACAUUCUUGUCCCUCACCCGUUACAAUGGCUCGCAAACUGCUAACGGCAUCUCGAUCAACAAUCUCAACUACUGCACUGGCGCAACAUUGCUUGAUGUAGGCGCUGCCAGUAUGAGGAUCACAUGUUCCGCCCCUUCAUCUCAGGGCACCAACAUGCCUUUGAAGGUCGUCAUCGAUGGCAAGUCCACCUCCACCCUACCAAUCACCAUCAACAUGCCAACUACCUCUAGUAUCACAUUCAGCACAACCACCAACAAUGUUACCAUUGUGGGCAAGAACUUUGGCGAUGACCCUUCACUCAUCACCAUCUACUUCAACUUGAUACCCGUGGCCGUGGACCAGGUGCUCCAGACCGGAUUGCCUAUCGGUUCCAAAACACUGAUUGCUCGCGUGCCCAACAACGUGGUCAGUGGCGUCUAUGGCAUCAAGGAGUAUGGUAUCUACAGCACUCCAACGACAUUCACGCUCAUUCCUACCGUGACCAAUGUCCAGGGCUACACCACACUUGGUGGAGACAUCCAAGUGUCUGGUUACUACUUCAACCAGGUUGAUUUCAACGGUCAGCCCGUGGCACUGACAUGUAGCAUCAGUGGCAUCAAGUGCUCUCCGAUCGUCUCGACUGUCAGCACCUUCUUCACUUGUACAAUGCCGUCGGCUACAGGUAUCAACCUGCCAGUGGUGGUCAAGGUAGGCAACGUAUCAUCGACCAGCAACUACAAGAUCACCUAUCCAGCCCCAGUGAUCACCUCCCUCGUCCAAGAGGGCACGUAUCUCUCCAUCAUCGGCACUGACUUUGGCAAGGACAACUUUGUAAUUGAUGCAAAGUUGUCCCCCUCGCUCACCUACGCUGUGCCCACUCUCUACUGGAACACUGGUACCAUUCGCUUCCCCCUCUAUUCCUACGUUCUUAAUGGACCAGUCUCGGUCUGGGUCAACGGACAGACAUCCAACAGUCUCUACCUCACACUCGUACCCAUCAUCACCCUGGUCGAUGUGCCAUCCACACAAGGUGGCCUCAUCGGCAUCACUGGCAACUUCCUCUCUGGCAAGGACGCAAGCAACCAAGAUUUGAGCAUCGUGGCGAUGAUCGAUGGUACCAUACCAUGUGACGGCGCAGCAUCAGUCUCAAACUCCAAGAUCACAUGUACUGCACCAGGAGGCACAGGCACUCAGCACACAAUCACGCUUACCAUCCAAGGCAACAAUUCCAAUACAAUCCCAUUCAGUUACAGUCCACCAACACUCAACCCAGGCGCCGUCCAGGCCAGCAAGAAGUUCACAAUGACUGGUACCAACUUGGGUGGCAAUGUCAAUGUCGUCAACUUUGUGUUUGGUACAUUCAACACACCUGCCAGCAGCGUGUCCAAUCACAACACAUUCGAUGUCUACAUCCCAUUGGCAGCAACCAAUGGCUAUGGAUACGUAAAUGUCGACGGUCAGAAAUCAAACAGCAUCUCCAUCAACCUCCAGCCGACCAUCACUUCGGUGACCUCUGUUGGCGUUCAGGGUGGCCCGAUCAUCAUCUCUGGACUCUUCCUCAACACUCUUCGUCAGAACGGUACCAACACAGACAUCUCGAUCACCAUGCAGAAUGGUCAGGCAUGCCAGUCAAUCGAGAAGCUGGAGGACAACUCUGAUGGCUCCAACAUCAAAUGCACUGCUCCAGCGGGCACUGGCAAGAGCAAGAUAACUGUGAUAAUUGAUGGCCUUUCCGACGUGAUCGACUUUGCCUACGGCGCGCCAGUCAUCCAGACGAUCGAGUCAGACUCCAGCAACGUGUUCACUAUCGCCGGCACCAACUUUGGCACGGACCCAUCGGCCGUCGUUCUGACCUGGGGCAGCACACCAAUCAGCACCUUCACACUCAAUGGAACAGCCAUUGUAUUUGGAGUGGGCAGCACCUUCCAGAACAGCCAGGUCUACAUCACUGUGGGUGGUCAGAUAUCAAACAAAAAGAAUGCCAACCUUGUGCCAACCAUCACCUCUUUCUCGAACUUGGCCACAUCUGGAGGCCAAGUCUUCAUUAGUGGUAGUUUCGUCAAUCCCAACAACCUCGAUGGCUCACCAUGCACCGUUGUAGUCCACAUGGAUGGUAACAACAUGGACAUCAUCGUCGAUAGCGACUACAUCAUCUUUGACGCACCAGCCGGCUCUGGCACUGGUCAUACAGUCACCAUGUCAGUCAAUGGUGUUGCAGCCCUUGGUACUAAUACCUUGAACUAUAUGCCUCCAAAGAUCGGAACGAGCACGCAGGAUGGACAAGCACUCACCAUCGCCGGUGACAACUUUGGCACUGACGCUAGCAAGUUGACAGUGCCAACAGGUUGGACUGUUACCAAGGUGGUACACACCUCACUCGAGGUCAACCUCCCACCCACAACACGCAACCAGAUCAUUUCAAUCACAGUGGACACUCAAGUCUCCAACGACUACGAAGUCUACUUGCGUCCAGGGCUCGCGUCAAUCACAACUGUUACCGCUGAUGGUGGCAACAUCACCCUCACAGGCAUCUUCCUCAAUGACAAGCGUGACAAUGGCACCAACACUGACCUCUCAAUCCGAAUCGACUCCACCAUCUGUGUGUUCGUCUCGACCACCGGCACCAAUUUGGUGUGCACACUUCCUUCUGGACCAUUCUCCCACAGCGAUGUCACAGUGACCGUCGAUGGCGUGACAAUGGUCAGUGCCGAGUCCUACUCGACAAACCAGCCAACAGUGUUGUCAGCCUCAUCAUUGGUGUUCCAGCAACCAGGUGUCGUCACCGUUAUGGGAACCAACUUUGCCCAAGGUCUCGUAAUCAAGAUUGCCUCUGUCGACUGUGACAACCCUAUCCUCAUCUCGUCUACGAUUGCCACAUGUGAGUUUGUUGCCUCUGUACCACAAUCCAGCAAUGUUGGCCUUGAUGUUCUUGUCUCUAUCGGCCCCAUUAGUGGACAUGCCGCAGUGUUCCUCUACAACACCAGAGAGUGCCCUGCUGGUUGUGCAGACAACGGCCAUCAAUGCCAGUUUGGAUACUGUGUGUGCAAGACUGGAUUCGCCGACCCCUCAUGCUCCACCGUGGUCUCGGACCCCGUCACUGCCGCACAGCCCAACUCUACCACCGUCGGUUUCCCCCUCAGCUCGGACGUGAACUUCUUUGCUGGCCUCACCUACAUCCGCGAGGUCAGUGGAAGUACUCCAAUCAAAACACUCUCCUUCCACGACGCCACAUGGGUGCAACAGGGAGCAACUGUUGGAGAUGAGGACGCGACCAUCAAAACAUUCGUGGCCACCUUCACUGGGGAGAAUCUCGUCGUCACACUCACCGCAUUCACCUUUGGCGUUCCAACCAAUGCUUCGUUCGCAGGCGAGACCAUUCCAGUGCCCGCCCACACCGUCAAGCACACAGUCAAGGUCGAGCAUUGGACAUUCGCCGAUACGGACAACUCACUCCAAGUGGUCUACUCUGGAUUCUACCCAACCACAGUGAGAUACAACUGCUCUGAUGCCAACGUUGUGCUCCGUGCCAAUGCUAGCCGUGGCGAGUUUGUCAUUGAUUCACCAGUUGGUAUACUGGUGACUCAAUUCUCCAGCAGAGGUUAUGUUGAUGGCCGCGUUAUGGUCAUCCAUACCAACCGCAUCGCAUCAUCCGACCCAAUCUACAAUGGCGCAGCCGCUGGCACCAUUCACUUGGGCGUCAACAUGCAAUCCUUUGGCAAUAGUAUAUCGUUCGACCCAACGUUCAUAGCCUUUAAAAAGCCAGCUCUUAGUCCAGCACCAUCAUGUCCAACACCCACCACAUCAACUACCAUCACCACCACCUCGACUACCACGGCAACUACUACUGCCUCGACCUCAGCUACCACUGCCAGUACAACAGCCACUACCACCGCCAGUACCACGACCACAACGACUACUACCCCAGCCUCUACCACAGCUGCCACCACCUCUGAUACAACUACUACUACUACUACUACCACUACCACUGACAACCCAAGCUCAACCAAUGUCGCUACCACAACAACGACAACAAGCACUACCACAACUACUGGAUUGAGCAGUGCCAGUGCCGUCCUUCCAAGUUUUGAUAGGGUAUGCAAACAGAACAGAAUGAUCAGUUUGUUCUGA